GCUCGCUCCGGCGCUUUAUCGUCUGUCUCGCUCGCUCGCCUCGCUCAACGACGGUCGUACAAGUCGUACGAGACGAGCUGCCAGCCGGAAUUUCUAUUAAAAUCCGAGUGCCCGGAGAGACGAGUUUAUGACGCAUAUGUAUCGCGUACUGCAUUAAUUCCCAUUGUAAAUAAUAAAAACUAUAGUCGCAAGAAGCCAGAAACGUUAUUGCGUGGCCAAGGUUGUCAACGACGCGGAAUAGCACUUUUUCGCGCCGUGACACGCCGACCAAGUUGAAAGUGCACCGAUUCUCCUCCUGAGUUAAUUAAGGAUGCAGCGACAGCUGACGAUGUGGACAUCGUUCAAUCGUGCAACGCACAUGAGGUGCGACGAGGUGAACGAGCGAUAAAGAGUGACACGUUCGAAGGUGGAUGAUUUUGAUAGUGUGGAAAGAAGAGUGGAAUCGUGGUGGCGAGGGAGGAGAAAUUCCUUUUCGGUCGAUGAACACGCAUUCGUGAUCGACAACGAUUUCUCGCGUUUAAGGACAAAGGGACGAAUACAGAGUCUUAGAAAUGAACGGAUUUAGCACGGGUGAAGAGGACUCGAGAGGAGCGGCGGAUCAGAUCUGUUGCUUGGUAGAUGAGGGCACAAGGUGUACAAGGCCCGCAGGCAAUGCAUCCUACAGCAAAAGAAUACAAAAGACUGUGACACAGAGAAGGCUGAAACUCAACCUUGAUAAUCUAGCAAGGCAUAUAUACAUAUGUGAUUAUCACAAACAAGUAAUCCAAUGUGCACGUACAAAACAACAGCAACAAAGGAGAAGGAAGGAUUCCGAAGAAGAUUCUGGAGAAACUGACAAUGAUCUUCCCGAAGUUGAUUUAUAUCAAUUACAAGUUGGUACUUUACGAAGAUACAAACGCCAUUAUAGACUGACAACAAGACCUGGCUUAAAUAAAGCUCAAUUAGCAGAUCUUCUUAUGAAACAUUUUAAAACUAUUCCAAUUGUUGAAAAGGAUACGUUAAGCUUCUUCUUCUACACAGUCAAAACUAAUGCAAAUAAGUUAGAUCAAAAAAAUGGAUUAAGUAAUGAUGCAACAUAGCCCAAGAUUCAGUAUUCAAUGUGACUGUGAAUGUCAUACAUUUAGUGAGAAAUAAAAUAAAUUUAUAUUUGGCUUUUUACUUGUUAAAAAGAA